GAGCUGAUCACGUGACGUAAAAUUUCGCCAUCUUGACCGUUCACGAAGGCAGCGGUCUUUUGAACUUAUGACGUAUUGAUUGAAAUGACACCUUGUAUCUGUCAUCUACCUAAUGAGUCGUUCCAUGAAUGUCGUGUUCCUUAGGUUCCAGAAUGACGCACAUUCACCAAGACCAGUCUUGUCAUCCGGACUUGAACUAUGACCUCAACAGUGCUAAAGACUCUGUGAUGAGCGCCACCGGUCAGAGUCAUGAUUUACACACCAUGGAGGUAGACUUUGUGUCCAGAGAUGCCCUGUGUUGUGGCGAGUUGCAUGAUGCUGAGACCACCGAGGAGACCGUCACUUCGGAGCUCAGUCGUGGUGAGUGUGGGGAUUUAACCGAUGGACACGGCAAACCUGUUGUGAUGGAAAUGGAACAGAGUCGUGAAAAUGUCAUCGUUGUUCAGGGUGGAAAUGAUCUGGUCCUAGAAGGUGCUGAUUCGUCUUUAUUGAAGUGUGUAAAGUCGUUACUAGCUGGCGGCGGAGGGAACUCGUUAAUGAUAGUGACCAAAGACGGAGUACACAAAGAAGUGAGCUUAUCGUCUGACGUGCAUAUAAAUGAAAUUUUGCCAGCAAUGGAGUCAAAGGAACUUUUAUCCUACCCAGUGAACUUACCUUCCUCACAAGAUCCUCAUGUUGUCGUCCCCUCCACGUCCUUGACCUCACCUGUUAUCUCCACCGUGCCCAGUGCCCGUACAGCACCUGUCCCGUCCAGCGCAGUUCUUGAAUCAAAAGGUCACACCAACAAAUCAUCAAGUCAAUCUUUUCAACACAACAAACAAAUCAAAACCACCACCCAGCCUGUAAUGAACUCUCCAGAAAGAAGCAUCUCCACGCGAUCAUCAGCCGCUGCCUCCAGUGUUGUACCGACGGCUGCCCAUGGGGUGGGGAAAAGCCACAAGAAUCUCCAAGCUAGUCCAGCAGUCCCUCAGACAGGAAGUGCACUAAGUGAGCCGACGGUGAAGACGUCAGGCCUAGACACUCACCGGUCUCCCGCUGCCCAGCAGCUCCUCACCAUUGCCAAGAAAAUGAUGGAGGAGAAAGCUCUAGUGAAACCGUUGUCCUCUGUGGAAGAAACGGGAGAAUCUUCAUCUUCUCUCGGUGCCUCUGAUGUGAAAUCCACUUCGUGUUCUGAUUCCAUCAUCACCAUGUAUCUGUCUUCCCCUGAUGAAUUAAAGGAUAAGCUGGAGAAACUCAAGACAAAUUCUCCCGUGAUUGUCAUGCAAGCCGGUGAAGACUUGUUGGUGGGUAAGAAGGAAGUCUUGGACAAGGAUCAUUGUUCUGACAAUUCUGAGGAAACAGUUCCGUCGGGGAAGCAGUCCAGCGGUAACAGCAGCUCAGAGAGUCUUGUGGCAGCUCUGUCGUCGCUGUCGUCCAGCCCGGUGGUGUACCGCUGCGUGGAGUGUGGCUACUCCAGCCACAACAAGCACUACUACAAGCAGCACGUGGAUCUGGUGCACAACGCCGACCGCCCCUACAAGUGCCCGCACUGCGACUACGCCGGGAAACGAAGACAUGCCUUGUUGGAGCACAUGGUUGUCCACUCGAACCAGAGGCCGUUCACCUGUGACCACUGCAACGCCAGCUUCAGGAAGAAGGGUCAUCUGACAAAUCACGUGAAGCUUCACACAAGCCAGCGCUUGGUCCACUGCGGAGUUUGUAACAUCCAGCUGCCGGACUCGGAGGCCUUUGAGGCUCACCUCCGCAAGAUCCACAACACAGACAAGCUGUACAAGUGUAAGCUGUGCGACCACACCGUGGUGGACCGGGAGGCCAUGCUGAACCACCUGCAGUCUCACAACCAAGCCAUCGUCUACUCUUGCCCCAAAUGCCCGAAUUUGUAUAAUGAUGAGGAAAGUCUUGUAGCUCACAUGAAAUCUUGUCAUGAAUUUGUGUUUGUUGACGGCUCUUCCUCUGUGAAAGCAGCGUCCACGGCCGAUGUCAACGUUGUACAGCCAGAAGGGGUUGUUGCAGAAAGCCAGCCUGCCAACAUCAUGUGUUCUGAGUGUGGUUUUGUGUGUUCUAAAGCUGCGGCUAUGAAGAAACAUAUGUGGGUGCAUAUCAAGAAGGAGUCCGGUGGUGCCUCGGGGCCCCCAGACAAACAGGCAAGCGGUCCGGCAGAGUGUGGGGCCACGUUAGGCGUUCUCAAAAUGAACGUUAACAAAGGUCAAAAGUCGUUGCCUGAGAACGUGACCUACCAGUGCUCCAGCUGCUCCUUCUCUUCUAGUGACAAUUCUGUGUUCAUCAAGCACAUGCUUGCUCAUAAAACUCAGAACAAGCAGCAAAAUAUCACCCUUGCAGCAUUAGUGAAGAACCCAAGAAGUGUGGCGGGCUUUGAGAACGUGAGACGGCCGACGACUUCAAAUCCUUCAAUCCAGCAGGAGCAGCCGCAAGCUGCCCAGUCUGUCCCAGAGGUCAAGUAUUCCGGGGGCACAAACGUGCCGUUCGUCUACGACAAGUCAGCCGGGAGGUACCGGUGUGUCAUCUGUGGCUAUCACUGCGAGUUUCAGCGCACCAUCAAGGCCCACAUCUGGAAGCACUCGGGACACCAGAACAUCCAGUACCCGGUGUUUGAGCCCUCUGGGAAGACGACGGUCAGUCCUGCUGUGUCCGGGGUGAAGGGAGAGAGGAAGGAGGAGGCUCCUCAAUGGCAGCAGACGUCGACCGCAGGGAGCCUGGACACUGGGAGAUCCACCGGGGCCCACAACUCCAGCGUCAAAACUGAGGCAGGGCUUGUCAUUCAGCUGUUGCCUGUAGACGCAAGUUCUACCUGUUUCUUGAAAAACUCCAGUCAGGUCAACGCUAGUUCCCUGAAUAGUUCUACUCAGUCACAGACUUGUGCUUCAACGGAGAAGUUGCCUGAAGCCUUAGCGUUUGCUGAAGUGGACAGUGUGCCAAGCAGCGAUUCCCUGUCCUCUGUAGACAGCAAGGCUUUGGUGAAGCUCGACGUGGUGGUGGGAGAGAAACCUCAGGCCUCCGCCACACAGGCGGGCGGGGGUGUGGCUGGUGAGCGAGGGAACAUUGCUGGUGGCGGGGGUGAGCGGGGGAACGUUGCUGGUGGCGGGGGUGAGCAGGGGAACAUUGCUGGUGGCGAGAGUGAGCAGAGGAACAUUGCUGGUGGCGAGAGUGAGCGGGGGAACGUUGCUGGUGAAGGCUGCACGGAGCCAGGGGUUGUCGUAGAGAUUGUCGACUCUGUGCCGUCUAGUCUGGGAUUGACUGGAAUGAAAAGCCAGCAGGGGAGUCCUCGAGUCCUUGACCUUGACGGCAGUGGGAGUGAAGCAACAUUGUUGAAAAGCUUUCAGACAUACUCACAAAACAAAAGGUUGGCAACAAAUGCUGGAACAGAGGGAAAAGUGGAGGCUUUUGAUGAAGUGCAGCCUGGGGCAAAUCCCCAAAGAAAGAAGGCGUCUGUGAAGCAGGAGGAGUCUGGUGCAAAGGUCGGGCUGGAGCCGGCCGUCAGACUGAGGUGCCCGUCCUGUGACUGCGUCUUGAUGAACAAAGAAGCACUGCGCUCCCAUCUCCUCAGCUGUCAGAGUGUUUUUGACAGAGACAACGGUCAAGCUACUUUGUCUGUCGCCCAGAAAGAUGAGGCCUCGUCCAGCAAACAUCUGAGUGACCAUGAUGACACAGACACGGUGCCCACGGAGGACAGCGACGCCACAGAGUCGUCUGACGAACAGACGGGCCCCGGGGAGGGCGGAGCCUCGGGGAGUCAGCAAAAGACGGGGAUCUGUUCCUCCUUGCUGGCCGUGAUUGAACAGCUGCGAGAGCGAAGUCAGUCGGAGAGUGAGGAUGCCAAGACCACCAGCCACCUGCACAAAGGGGGGAGAAGACGGAACCGCCAAUCUGGAGACACCAGCCCUCUGACAGCUGAUGAUUUCCAGAACAUUGAGAAAAUCAGGGAGAACGGCAGUGACAAAUUUCGGUGCAGUUUGUGCCAUUACACCAGUCAGAGGAUUUGUAAUAUGAAGCUUCACAUGAAGACACAUCGGCAAAAGAAACCAUCCGAGUGUUCUCUCUGUGACUUUUCUUCUACGUCCUCGGAGGCGCUGCAAGAGCACAUGCUCAAACACUGCAAAGUUCGCACUUACGCCUGCAAGUUUUGUCCUCAAAGUUUCAACCACAAAAGUACGUUGAGAGCCCAUCUGAGGGCCCACAAGGACCAUGAGCCUUUCCUGUGUGCCUACUGUGUUUUUGAGACCAGCAACCCGCUGGAGUACCGGGAACACAUGCAGGUACACUCUGGCUGCUCGUCCCGGCUCCGCUGUCCUCUCUGUGAUAACAUAUUUGGCAACAAGGAAGAGCUGACAAGUCACCUUCUCAAGUGUAAAGGCUCCCGCAAGAAAAGUGAGGUCUCCGAAGAUGUUACAGCAACUCAGCAGAAGGAGAAAGAAGUUGUGGAGAAGGUUCAGUCCGAGGUCGGAUUGCCCGCAGGGACGACGGCGAUGGCAACGACAGCUCCUCCGACCCAGCACAUGUGCGUGGUGAGUGGCUGCUCCUUCACCAGCUCCAACCUGAAAGAGCUGCAGGACCACCUGUCUGUCCACUGCAACCCCUCCCUGCUGGUGUGCAACCUGUGUGACUUCAAGGCCCUGCACAGCCGCAGCCUCAAGUCCCACAUGAAGCGUCACGCCAACGACCAGCGCUACGUGCAGCAGCCCCUGGAGCAGUACAAGUGUAACCUGUGUGGCUACGUGUGCCACCACCUCCCCUCCCUCAAGUCACACAUGUGGCGCCACGCCAGCGACCAGAGCUACAGCUACGAGUUCACCAACGACGUCAUCAACGCCGCCAUCGACCACGACACGCGCGUCGACUCAGACAGCACCGAGGUGGACGACCCUGAACUUCUGGACCGCGUCAUCAACUCUGAGCGCAAGAUUCUGGAGGGGGAGCUCACCAAGUGCAGCAGGGGCGACGGACAGCGGCCGAUCUGCUGGGUGACCUUCCGCUGCUGUAGCUGCGGUUUUGAAACCAUCAACAAGGCAAAGUUGAACAUUCACAUGCGCUCCCACUCCGACCUGAUACAGCAGGCUCUGGAUGUCCCCAGGAAGUCGACGGGGCCAGGCAAACCUGGCACCACUCCAGGUCUCCUUGUCAAAACAGGGGAGAAGCGAGCGCUGACAGAAACAGCAAAUACUUCUCCGUACGUGUACGUGAAGGUGAGGAAAACCUGAGGGUGACCGUGUCCUGGUCGUGAUGGGGUAGGAAGAGAUUGGUGGCUUUUACUUUAGAAAGCAUUUUCUGUAUACCGGUAUAUCGUGACUUGGCUUCAGAAUGAUCUCAAGUCACAUGACAUGACUGGACUGUCAAAUAAACCAUUGUACUUGGUGUGUUUCCCACACCUGACUGUCAAAUAAACCAUUGUGCUUGGUGUGAGUUCGCCACGCCCACUAUAAAUCAAAUGUGAGAGCCUGAUGUCUACCCUCUACUGUGUUCCUGCAGGGAGAGAUUUGUCAUGUUAAAUAAGACUCCUCUUCUCUUGUACAAAUAUACCUCAUUGUUGUCCUGAGGUUCUUGUAUAUUUUGAAAUGGUGUAUUAUAUUGUGUGCAUAAUUUUUGAAGUUCAACUGAGUCCAUAAAUGUAGGAAUCUUGUUGAAUAAGUAGAAUGUAUACAUAGAGAUCUCUAUUUGUGCCCAAUUGGGAUCAUUUUAAGUUGUAGAAAAACUAAACCAUCUUAAGAUAAAGAAAACAGACUGGAUAUACAUCCAGCUGAAACAUACGAACAGCCUUGCCAUGGCUUGAGAAAGCCUCUAUGAGAUGUCAAUUGAUGUUGGAUAGUUUAUUGAGCCUAGCUGGAACAAGUCAGACAUUCAUUUCUCUAUUGCAUAACCUGAGAACUUGUACGUCUCAACGGUUUCUUUUUCUGAGCCUGUCAGGAUCCACAGUUUUCAGGUGUGUACCAAACUUCCUCUCUAGAACUCGAUAAUAAGAUAGAACAGUCAAAUGUCAUAUGGUCAGUAGAGAUUGUCUAUCCUGGGCUCAGUUCUAGUUCUGUUCAAUGAUUUGUGCAGUCGUGUGGUAGGAUUGCUCUUGUGUGUGCUUACUUUAACUGGGAACUGCUCUAGAGUUUACAAUUUGGGGGGGGGGGGCAAUUUAUUUAUUUGUUUUGUUUUGUCGCCCUUAAAAUGUCCUAUUUUGUGUAUUUUCUGUUGCAGGACAUUGUCAGGAGGAAUGCUAUUGUUUUUCUAUGUGUGCUUUUCUUGUAUGUUCAUAAUUUAUCAUUCACGAUACUGGAAGAACUCAGGCGCUCAUCAAAUUUUGGGCAUAAGGAGUUAUUUAUAUAAUCUUAAAGCCUGCUCAUUUACCUUACUUUUGAUAGGGGAAAAUAGCCAUUUAUCGUGAAUAGAAAUCAAGACAUUUGUGGUUGGAGGUGGGUUUGCCUGGUUUCAGAAGCAAAAUUCGCAAGAAAAUGUCCGUCAAAGUUUGGUCACUUCAAAGCUCCAGUGUCAUUUAAUUGAAAACUGGAAAUAAAAAAUGUUUGUGCUUUUGAUCAACUAUUUUAAUUGAAAUCCACACAGACAUUUGUGUUUUCGGUGGACAUAGAUGGUGUUGAGCCGUUACAAAAUUCUAGAAAAAUUGCUGUAUGGGCUGAAGAAUGUCAUUGUUUGGAGGAGCGCCCGAGGUCAGCACAAUGCCAUACAGAAAUAUUAUAUAUAUAAUCUCUCUCUAUAUAUCUACAUCUCUCUAUAUAUAUCUACAUCUAUCUCUGUUCUAAGGUCAGCUCACUGUUCCCUGUUGUCCUGUUCUAAGGUCAGCUCACUGUUCCCUGUUGUCCUGUGCAUGACAGACAGCUCUCUGUACCCUGUUGUCCUGUACAUGACAGACAGCUCACUGUUCCCUGUUGUCCUGUACAUGACAGACAGCUCACUGUUCCCUGUUGUCCUGUUCUUGACAGACAGCUGUUGUUAAUUUUCUUUACUGUGGUUAAACAAAGGAGCUUUGAACUUUUUGUACAUGGGAAAACUAUUGUCUUUUGAACUUACUGGAUUCACAAUCUAAGGAAAAUGAUCUGUAAAGGAUAUGAAAAUGAAAGUUUUUAACUCCAUACAUAUGCACAACAUAAGAUUUCCUCAAUGGUCUCUUCAAAACAUUGCCAUGGGAGUCUUCCCUCUGUUUGUCCGUCAACACA